CUGCAAUCACUCACUCAUGCGUGUUGCUCGCUGUUUCUGCGUGUGAUUGAUCCGAUGGACACACACACACCACUGCAUGGCCCAUGCAUGCGUCUGUCUGUGUCUCUGACUGACAAAAACACCGCACAACUUUGUACCUGCAGCAAGUACUCAGUGUCAGUCUGUACGUCUGUCUGUAUUCACGUGUGUUAUACGCAAUAUGUAUAUCUGUACAUACACACACAUGUAUAUAUAUGUAUAUAUACGCAUGUGUGUGCACCGUACGUAUACGUGUGUACGCGUAUGCGUAUGUGUGAGUGUCCACAUGUUUCCACGUAAGGUAGCGAGUGGAGCGCCCAUCUGUGGACAUGGUCCCUGGUCGCCAGGAAGUAUACUGGAGUACAAUAGUGGAGACGGUAAGACUGCACAAAAGAGCAAACACCACAACCAAGGCGUGCACCGUGCUGCACACAUGUCAAAACAGCCCCUCAGGUGUGUGUGGUGCCGGUGAAAAAAACGCGUACGCAUGCAUAGACUAAACAUCACUAUAACUAUUACAAAAUCCCAUCUCUCCGCUGCACACACACACGGCUCCCCAGACUAAGUCCCCCUUGGUGCUGCGUGCUGCCGUUGGCGCGCACGGAACUCUAGUUGGCUGACAGAUAGACACACACACACGCACAUGGGCCGCCCACCCGACCUUUUUGCGGAUCGGUGCGUGUCCUGCUCUGCUCUGCUCUGCUCUGCUCUGCUGGACAUACCCUUGAGCGUGUUCAUGAGACUGAACCAGGCGGGCUUCUUGUUGAACUUGGCGUCGUAGAUGAAGGGAUGGUCCUCUGAUGAGACACACACAGGCAGGCACGCAGGCAGGCAGGGGUGAAUGGAUGAGUGUUGGUGCAUGUGCUGUGCCAUCAGUGGCGGUUUGCUGGCUCGAGGUCUGUCCUUACUGGGCCGCCAUGUCCAUCUGUCCGACACGCCCCACGUGACGAACGCCGUGCAGUUGGGGGCCUUCAUGCAUACGCGAAGCAUGCCAGCGAAGAUUUUGGCCUGCACACGCGCAGAGACACAGGCAACCAAGAGAGAUCAAACUAAUACGGGCGGUGUUUGAGUGUGUGCUCCCACCUGCUGCUCCCGCUUCUUCUGGUUCCACCCCUGGCAGAACUGCCACUUGCCCUUGACAGGCCGGCCGCACGUCACGUCAACCUCAGUCAGCUGGACCUGCACGCGCAAGGGCACCCACCAACAGCCACACGAGACAAAGGGAGGCACAGGGGCUGUGUGGUGUCUCUCAUCGCGUGUGUGGGAAUGCACUCGCCUCCAAUCCCAUCUGGCCGAGCCGCUUGAAGUUCUGCGCCACGCCAUUGUAGUCUGCGUGACCAACAGCAUCGCACAACACACACACAGAUAUCAGGUCUCCUGGUCUAUGCUGGUCCGUGUGGAGUGAGAACCGCUCCAGUCGAGGGAGAGAUGACUGAGAAAACAAGAGCAAGCAAGCAAGCAGGAAAUCGUGUGCGGGGAUGUUGUCCUGUGAUGUGUGCGGCUGCUCACGCCUGAAAGCCAACGCCGUCAAUGGGGGCACCCCUGAGAAGAAACGAAUACGGCACACACAGGCCACCAUCCAUACGCGCGCGCGUGUGUGUGUGCAUAUCAUGUGAGUCGCCUCACCGUGCCCGCAGCUGCUUGACAAUGUGAAAUAUGGCGUCGGCCUUGCCCUUCAUCCAGCCCCGGGAGCUCUCGGCGCCGAAGUCGUUGUAGAAGAGGCGGGCGGGCUUCUUGAGGCGGCUGGCCUCGUUCUUGGCCACGCGAUGCAGCACCUCCAGGUGGUCGGGGAACUUCUUGUACAGCAUGCUCUUGCGCCACUUGGGGUUCUUCGCAGGGCUCUUCUGGGUUUGCUGAGACGAAGGAAGCCACACAGACAAAUGGAGGAGCGGAUGGACGGAUGGAUGGUGCAUGGGCGUGUGGGGUGUGUGUGUGUGUGCAGGUGGGUACCUCCAGGGCCUCGUUGGCUACGUCCCACGACUGCACGCGUGGCUGGGCGUAUCGCUUGAUGGCGUCCUUGGUGAACUUGAUGAACAAGUCGCGGAACUGUUUCUGCGGCAGCGCGUUGACCCAGCCGGGUGUGGACGAGUACCAGGCGAUGGCGUGGUAGCGAUAGUACUGCCCCUCCUUCUUGGCCAGGUCCAGCAGCGCGUCGCACUCCUUCCAGUCGUAACCCUUAUUCUUGACCCUGAUCAGUCCAACAAAGAGGGGCAAAGCGGUGGUGAGAUGUGCGUGUUGGAAGUGGAUGGAUGUGCAUGUGUACUUCAUGAUCUUUCUCAUCUUGCACUCAGACUUGGCCUGCAGGGCACCACACACACGGCAGAUGGAUUGAUGGAUUCACAAGGAUCCAUCCAUUGUGUAAAAUGCGAUUACACCCGCACCCACACUUACAUCCAUCCAUCCAUCGACCCGCCCACGUACCACAAUCAUGUUGAACUCUCGUCUGGUGAUGUCCCUGUAUUGCUUGAAGUCGUUCUGGUUGUAGAUAGACACCGCACAGCCGAAGAAGAGGUUCUUGCCCCACGCUAUGUGCCGAAAGGUCCCCGGUUGGCCCCUGCGGACGGCCUUCUUGGGAAACACGCUCUUCCAGUUGCUCACCUGGAGAAAAGGGGAGAACAAGACCAUGGCGUGGACGCAUUCGUCUGAUGCAUCGGAUCUUUGCUCACCUUGUUGAUUCGGGGCACUUGGGCAAUGCCGCGGUCAGGCAGCAGCGCCGUCAGAAGGGCGAGGACCACACAUAGAUUCCACAUGGUGAUCUCGACCCGUACUACUGCCCCCUGAGCCAACCCCUCUCUCAGCUGGUCCACAAAGAGCUGAUGACAGGGGGAAGGAG